AAGCGGCUGCUCCGACACAAAGUGCCCUCCCCUCUAAUAAAGUAUGUUGGAGCAGGUCAGUGCGGGAGGUUGUGCGUUUAUGUCGAAUAAUAAAUAAGUUCCGUGUCAUUUUCGCAGCUUAAACCAGACGUGUCCCUCGCUAAAGGACAAACUAGCCCAGUUUCCUGUCCAUACCCAUGGCUUACACGCAGCUUUUUAAAGCGCUGCACAGAAGCCUGCAGCGCGCAGCAGCGACGCGUCUCUCCGUGCAGACGUGCAAGCUGACACAAAUCAGCCUGCUCGUCCACACGCACAGGAACGUGUCCACGGUGUCCACACUGAGACUCCACGGAGCAAAAGAGGCUCCGGCGCUCGCCUGCUUUCUCCAAGCACAGAGGCGCGUUUCUCUGGACUCCACGGCGAGAAAUAAAAGCCAACCCGAGGACAGAGACAGGUCGAUUUCCAAGUAUCAAAGCGGGAGCCCAAAGCCUUCAGCUGCACAAAAAGUGAAAGCUGCCGGCAGAGACUUCACCUACCUGAUAGUCGUACUCAUCGGACUGGGAGUGACAGGUGGGCUGUUGUAUGUGGUGUUCCAGGAGCUGUUUUCUUCCUCAAGUCCAAAUAAAGUCUAUGGAAAAGCCUUUGACAAAGUCAAGACGCACCCAGAGGUGAUCGGUGCGUUUGGAGAACCGGUCAAGUGUUAUGGAGAGACCACACGUCGAGGAAGAAGACAGCAAGUCAGUCAUCUGGAGUACCUGAAGGACGGACUGAAGCACAUGCGACUGAAGUUUUACAUCGAAGGAUCGGAGCCAGGUCUUAAAGGAACGGUGCACACAGAAUCAAAAGAGAAUCCUGAAACUGGAAAAUAUGAGUUUCAGUACAUAUUUGUGGACAUAGACACGUACCCCAGACGGAGCAUCAUUGUGGAAGACAACAGAUAAGACGGACACUGGCUCAGCAUUAUGGAAAUAUGUGAUUUAGUUUUGUGUUUGUGGACAAAAAAAUCAAAAGAUUUCAACUUCACUUUCAUUUUCUUUUCGAAGUUGUUAUGUGAAACAUAAACAAUUAUGGUUGUUCUGACACUGUACUGUUCUACGGGAUAAUUUGACUCUUGUGUACCACUGAUUUACAAAUCAUUUACAUGUGGUUUGGUUUUAUUUGUUGCAGUAUUUUGACCACAGGGCAAUGCUUUAAAGUUGUAAUAAAUGACCCUUUUCACAGGGACAGAAAGAGAACCAAAAAAAAAAACACAUCUCCUUUUUUUCCCACAACAAUUCAAUGUGACAUCAUUGCAAACCUGAAGUCAUUUUAGCAAAUAUUUUAGGCUCAGAAGGUAUUAUUCUUAAUAUUGUAUUAAUAUUAUAUUAAAAUAUUCUUAAUUUA